CAAUUGUCAAUGUCAUCAUCAUUUUUUAGUUUUCAUGAUUUUUGUAGAACUAGAAAAUAACUUAUAUCUGUUUCAAUUUUCUACAAAAACACAAAUAGCCUAAAGAUUCCUUAACUCUACAAAAUGCCGUUGACUCUACAAGGAGUACGUCAGUAUUUAACUGAACUUCGAAAUUCAGGCGGCUUACACAAAGACCAGGCUGAAAAGUAUCGUAGUGUAUUGUUGGAGAUUUUGGUAAACCCUACCGAACUAGCUGACUCAUUAAAAGCUUUUGUGGAAGCAAUUGUAAAUGAGAAUGUGAGCCUGGUGAUAUCCCGCCAGUUGCUGACAGAUGUGAGUUCUCACUUGGCACUGUUGCCUGAUGAAGUGUCUCAAGAGGUAUCACACUUUGCUCUGGAUGUCAUACAGCCCAGGGUCAUUUCAUUUGAGGAACAGGUGGCAAGUAUAAGACAACAUUUAGCAGAUAUUUAUGAAAGACAUCAGAACUGGAAGGAAGCAGCAAAUGUUCUUGUUGGAAUUCCUCUUGAAACUGGACAAAAGCAAUACUCAGUUGAUUACAAACUAGAGACAUACCUAAAGAUAGCCAGAUUGUAUUUGGAAGUGGAUGACCCUGUACAAGCUGAGGCAUUUGUGAACCGAGCCUCGCUGCUGCAAGCUGAGACAACUAAUGAACAACUACAGAUUUAUUAUAAAGUGUGCUAUGCUAGAGUAUUGGAUUAUAGAAGAAAAUUUAUAGAAGCUGCACAAAGGUACAAUGAAUUGUCAUAUCGGAAUAUCAUACAUGAGGAUGAGAGAAUGACUUGCUUGAGGAAUGCUCUCAUAUGCACUGUCCUCGCAUCUGCAGGCCAACAAAGAUCAAGGAUGUUGGCAACACUGUUCAAAGACGAGCGCUGCCAACAAUUGCCUGCAUACUCUAUAUUGGAGAAAAUGUAUCUCGACCGCAUUAUUCGCCGCUCAGAGUUGCAUGAGUUUGAAGCAUUGAUGCAAAGUCAUCAGAAGGCGACAACAUCAGAUGGGUCAACAAUCUUAGACCGAGCUGUGUUUGAACACAACCUGCUGUCUGCCAGCAAGCUGUACAACAAUAUAACGUUCGAGGAGCUGGGCGCGCUGCUGGAGACUCCGCCCGGCAAGGCGGAGCGCAUCGCCAGCCACAUGAUCAGCGAGGGCAGGAUGAACGGAUAUAUUGAUCAAAUCAGCUCCGUUGUGCACUUUGAGACACGUGAAAUUCUGCCGCAAUGGGACAAACAAAUCCAAAGUCUGUGUUAUCAAGUGAACAGUCUGAUAGAGAAGAUCGCUGCUGCAGAGCCUGAGUGGAUGGCCAAGGUCAUGGAAGAAGAAAUGAUACAAUAGAAUUUGUACGAGUUAAUUGUAAUACGUGUAAUAAAGGCUUCUGAACGUCUCACUUUUUAUUUGUGAGCAUUAAAAAUAAUGAACAUUACAGCAUAUGACCGUUCGUUAUUGCUAUUCCUAAGCUCGAAAGCUGUAUCUCACGAAUUUUCAAUAAUGGAGGUCAUUUUGUGAAUAAAGUCAUUUACAAAUAUA